UCACAUGAUCUUACAAGCUCUUUAAACGCAAUUCUUGUUCUUUGCGUCGUCUGCGCUGCGUUGUUAAAAAUUGUGCUAACCGCCUUUUUUUCUCAACGUGUGUACACCAGCGCUGGACUGAAUCAUCUGAUCAUCAAAAUAAAUAGAACUGUUAAUGCAUUUAAUCGCUGGAACUGUCCAAAAAGCUGAAGAAAUUUGAUAGCAUCAUGUCCAGAUUGGGCCAGAUAUCAAGGAUUCUUCUACGCAAGAAGCAAAUCAAUAUGGAUCCGAAAGCAGCGGCGGCUUCGAGGCUUAGGAGAUGCCUUUCCGUGUGGGAUUUGAUCCUUCUUGGCAUUGGGAAUACGUUAGGCGCCGGUAUCUAUGUCAUCACGGGUGAGGUGUCCAAGUGGGUCGCUGGACCAGCUCUCAUACUCUCCUUCAUGAUUGCUGCUGUUGCCGCCGUCCUGGCAGGAAUGUGUUUUGCUGAGCUCGGUGCCCGCGUUCCAAAGGCGGGCUCUGCCUAUGUCUACACCUACGUCACAAUGGGCGAAUUCAUUGGAUUCUUCGUUGGUUGGAACGUCCUCAUUGAAAAUAUUUUAGGAGCAGCAUCGGUUGCCAGGGCAACGACAGCCUACAUCGACGCCAUGAUAGGUAACAAGAUGGAUGCUUUCCUAUCCGCCAAUUUUGCCAUGCACACGUCAUGGUUAGCCGAAUAUCCGGACUUCCUUGGGACAGGGUUCUGCAUUAUUUCGUCAGUAUUAAUGGGCAUCGGUGUGAAGACGUCCUCUGUAUUCAACAACGUGUUCACCGGUCUCAACCUGAUAGUCAUCAUCUACAUCAUCAUCUGUGGUUUCUUCAAGAUCGUCCCUUCAAACUGGACCAUACCCAUGGAUCAACUUCCAACGGUGCCUUGUAACAGCCAACCAAGUUCGUCAUGGAUAAAUAGCUCCUCCUCCUCAUCCUCCUCAUCGUCAUCAGUUGUAACAGGUGGCCCAGAGAUGUGCUCCGAGUUCGGUACCGGGGGAUUCUUCCCCUAUGGACCUGGAGGGGUGUUUGCAGGUGCAGCUGUCUGCUUCUACGCGUUUAUUGGGUUUGAGGUUGUAGCGACUGCUGGUGAAGAGGUACGCAAUCCGCAGAAGACCCUACCAAUCGGCAUCAUGGUUUCUUUGCUCCUCACCUUCUUCGCAUAUUUGGGCGUGUCCUCGGUCAUGACGCUCAUGUGUCCGUAUUUCCUAUUGGACGAGGAGGCUCCGCUGCCUGUCGCGUUCGACAAAGUGGGUUGGACCGUAGCUCGUUACGUCAUAGGAGUGGGCGGGAUCUGUGGACUCAUAACGAGCUUGUAUGGUUGCAUGUUUGCUUUGCCACGUUUUCUCUACUCUAUGGCCGAGGAUGGAAUGAUCUUUAAGUUUCUUGGUGAAGUUCAUUCUCGUUUCCAGACGCCUCUCUAUGCCUGUCUUACAUCCGGGAUCAUUGCAGGUAUAAUCACGCUGGUCAUCGACCUCCAAUCUCUUGUUAACGUCGUGGUCAUGGGCGCAUUGGUACCCUUCCUCACCGUGGCGGCAUGCGUCAUCAUACUCAGAUAUGAGCCUGACAUGUCAGCCCCGGCUUCCUCACACACCUUUCUCUUCCCGCAGAUCGACGGGUACACCAUGGGGUAUGCCGACGCCAGACGAUCCACCAUAUCUAAGUUCUUGAGCCAAGCGUUCAGGCCGGUUUAUGACGAACCGACGCCCCUGUCAUUCAAAGUCGUCAUAGUCUGUGUGGUUUUAUUCAUUUGUACGUGUUUCGGAAUGGAAUCCAUAAUCAUAUUUGCUGGAGAAGAUCUCGAAAAUCGCGAGAUUUGGGCAAUUACUACAGCGUCUGCAAUCGGAGCGUUAAUGCUCAUUCUUUUGAUUGUCAUCUGGAGACAGCCGGAAAGUAGAGUCUCAAUAGCUUUCAAGGUUCCUAUGGUUCCGCUACUACCAGCUCUUAGUAUACUUAUCGAUUCGUAUCUCCUCAUGAAGAUGGACGCCAUGACAUGGGUUAGAUACAUCGUUUUAAUUCUUAUAGGUUUAGUCAUCUACUUGUGCUACAGUGUUUGGAAUAGCAACGAGCGUUACGUGAAACCGAAGCGAUUCCGCUACCCAAGCACCCCGGCCGAGGCCCAGCAAGGCGGACGAUGUCGGCGUACGAGCAGUAUCAUGCUCUGUAGCGAAUCAGGCUGUACCCACGAUCUUCCUCACAACCUGCUGGACAUUGGAAAGAAAAACAGCGUCCAGAAUACAGAACCGACUGAGAUUACUAAACUUAUCAGCGAAGCUUCAACUUGAUUGCUUUUCUCGAUUCGAAAUCCUUGUUGCAGUCCGCUGUGGACACUCAUUGCCGGUGGACCGUAUCCGCCGCUACAUCAGACGUACGUCCUUUUAAUCAGGAAGCGUCUAAAUCCAUUGAUUAAUACAUACAUCCAUUUUAAUCUAUACUUUGACAAAAUUUCGCAAAUAUGCUUGAAAUUCAAGACGCCUUGGCACUUUUUAAGUGCUAUUCGUAUGUGACCUUGUUUUCAGAAUUCGUAUUUAAGAGAGCAAUAUCACUUUGUCGUUGACCUAUUCAAAGUCAGAUAUCCAGCAAUAUAUAUAUAUAUAUAAAUAACUCAUGAAGUGCAAUUGGAUAGAUUUGUGCUAGUAUUAUAUGUCAUGAUAUUGCAAUAUCAUAAUAUAAAAAUAUAGGUUUAGCAUGUAAGAGUAAAUUCCAGCCAAUGUAAUAUGAGUCCGUUUCCAAUAUAUGUUCAUAAAUCAUUAAUAACCUCGUAUUAUUGGUCACUUUAAAGACAAUACUGCACCCGGCAAGUGCGUACAUGAAGACAAAGAGUUUAAAUGCAUUUUACGUCAUUUACGAGAAUU